GCUGGAACCGCUUCUGAGUGGCCCACGGUUUGGGUGUGAGUGGAGGGAACAGGGGUUCCCAGCGUUGACUGGAGUGGGAACAUGGACGUGGGUGAACUUCUAAGCUACCAGGUCUCCUACAGCAAGGUUUCCAGACCUGGUCCUGUCCUGCUCAUGCAUUCCUAGUGCAUUACUGUGAUCAACUCAGCACUGUGGAACUGUGGCUGAGUUGGAUGCCAAGCCCAACAGGGGCACAAAGCGUCCCCGAGAUGAGGAGGAAGAGGAACAGAAAACACGUCGGAAACAAGCUGGUCCUCGAGAACGGGGCCGAUAUCGGGAGGAGGAGGUGACUGUGGCUGAAGAAGCAGAUGAUGACAAAAAAAGACUGCUUCAGAUUAUUGACAGAGAGGGCGAGGAGGAAGAGGAAGAGGAGGAACCAUUGGAUGAAAGUUCGGUGAAGAAAAUGAUCCUCACAUUUGAAAAGAGGUCAUAUAAAAAUCAAGAGUUGCGAAUCAAGUUUCCAGACAAUCCGGAGAAGUUCAUGGAAUCUGAGCUGGACCUAAAUGACAUCAUUCAGGAGAUGCACGUGGUGGCCACCAUGCCAGACCUGUACCAUCUUCUGGUGGAGCUGAACGCCGUGCAGUCACUUCUCGGGUUGCUAGGACAUGAUAAUACAGAUGUGUCCAUCGCUGUGGUUGACCUACUUCAGGAACUAACUGAUAUAGACACCCUCCACGAGAGUGAAGAGGGGGCAGAAGUUCUCAUCGACGCUCUGGUGGACGGGCAGGUGGUAGCGCUGCUGGUGCAGAAUCUGGAGCGCUUGGAUGAGUCUGUGAGAGAGGAGGCGGACGGUGUCCACAACACUCUGGCUAUUGUGGAAAACAUGGCUGAGUUCCGGCCCGAGAUGUGUACGGAGGCUGCCCAGCAGGGACUCCUGCAGUGGCUUCUGAAGAGGCUGAAGGCGAAGAUGCCUUUCGAUGCCAACAAACUGUAUUGCAGUGAAGUGCUGGCCAUCCUGCUCCAGGACAAUGACGAAAACAGGGAAUUGCUUGGGGAGCUGGAUGGAAUCGAUGUGCUUCUUCAGCAGUUAUCCGUGUUUAAAAGGCACAAUCCUAGCACAGCCGAGGAACAGGAAAUGAUGGAGAAUUUGUUUGAUUCACUUUGUUCUUGCUUGAUGCUCAGUUCUAAUCGUGAGCGCUUCCUAAAGGGUGAAGGCCUUCAACUGAUGAAUCUCAUGCUCAGCCUCUUCUUUCUUCCUGCUUACACAUAUAAGCAGUUGUGCUCCACCACUUGCUCCCUGCCUUUGCCAUCGGCCAUCACCACCCCUACAAAGGCCUCCCAAAAUAGGACUAAGAAUGGGCUAGAACCUCCAAAAUGGGAAAAGAAGAUUUCACGGAGCAGUGCCCUGAAAGUGUUGGACCAUGCCAUGAUCGGACCAGAGGGCACAGACAAUUGCCAUAAGUUCGUUGAUAUUCUCGGCUUACGGACCAUCUUUCCUCUCUUUAUGAAAUCUCCCAGGAAGAUCAAGAAAGUGGGAACUACCGAGAAGGAGCACGAAGAGCAUGUCUGUUCGAUCCUGGCUUCCCUCCUGCGCAACCUGAGAGGGCAGCAGCGAACCCGGCUUCUCAAUAAGUUCACUGAAAAUGACAGUGAGAAGGUUGACAGACUAAUGGAAUUGCAUUUUAAAUAUCUGGGUGCAGUGCAGGUGGCCGACAAGAAGAUCGAAGGGGAAAAACAUGACAUAGUACGGCGUGGAGAGAUCAUAGACAAUGACUUGGAGGAUGAGUUCUACCUCCGGCGCCUGGAUGCAGGGCUCUUUGUUCUCCAGCACAUCUGCUACAUCAUGGCAGAGAUCUGCAAUGCCAACGUCCCCCAGAUUCGCCAGAGAGUUCACCAGAUCCUAAACAUGCGUGGAAGCUCCAUCAAAAUUGUCAGGCAUAUCAUCAAGGAGUACGCGGAGAACAUCGGAGACGGCCGGAGUCCCGAGUUCCGCGACACGGAGCAGAAGCGCAUCCUGGGCUUGCUGGAGAACUUCUGAGGCCCUCGGCCUGCACUGUGGGCUCUGCCAGCUUCCCUCCUCCCGCACACCGCUUUUAUGCAGCUCUGUGUGGCUUCGGAUAAAUUAAAGCUAGUUUUGGUAA